CAGGUGCACUAUCGCUGCGUUUUGUUUGGUGCUGCGGCUUUGCGUGCGCGGAAUGACUGGACUUUGGCCAUCGACAUGUUGGACCUCAUGCGUUGCAGUGGAGUUGACGAAAGAGCCAGCUACCACGGGGUCAUCAAGGCAUGCCGAAGGGACUGGCCCAGGGCACUGGAGUUGCUGCGACGAAGAUCGGAGGUCAAGAGCUUCAGUGCCGCGGCGUCUUCGGACCUGGGUUGGAUGAAAUCUUUGCAGAUUUUGCUCGUGUUGGAACUUCAAGGCUUGCAAGCAGACGCCUUUUGCUGCAGUACGGCUGUCAGUGCCUGUCGAAGUCUUUGGCGAAGAUCGUGGCAGCUGCUGGGGCACGGGAAGCUUCCCAACUUGGUUUGUGUGAAUGCAGGACUACAAGGUGCUUCUAAGUGGGAAGAUGCCAUUGGUCUAAUGGCUUUAGCGCAGCACAAGGGGCUGCAGACUGAUCCCAUGACCUGGAGCUCUAUCCUUGGAAAGGGUUCAGCUUCGCCAAGGACAUGGGUGGUUUCCUUGCAGCUCUUGGAGGCAUGUGCACAGCAGCUAGAGCCAGACAUUAUCAGCCUGAAUGCUGCCAUUGGCGCCUCUGAGGGGGACGCAGCCUGGGAGUUUGCGCUGACCUUGAUGAGCACGAUCUUCUGGAGGAGGCUAAGCCCAAGUCGCAUCACCUUCAAUUCCAGCAUCCGUGCGUGUGGGACAGCGCAGUGGACCAUGGCCAUCCUUUUGCUGCGAUCCAUGGGUGGUCAGCAGCCUGACGCGUUGAGCUUCAACACCGCCAUUGCGGCCGCCCCGUGGCCAAUCGCCUUGCAACUCCUGACUGAGAUGGAAACUGCCUGCCUUCGUGCCUCCCUGGCGACGUGGGGCGCUCUGAUCAGCGCAUGUGAGAAGGGGCGACAAUGGCAGAAGGCCUUAGCCUUCUUGAGACGACUUGGGAAGGAGGAAGCAGAUGUGAUUUGCUACAGUGCUGCCAUCAGUGCAUUAGAAAAGGGUCAGCAGGGGCAUUUGGCCAUCGAACUCUUGGAUGAGAUGACGCUGCUGCAGCUGGAAGCCGAUGCCAUUUCUCGCAAUGCAGCCAUCAGCGCAUGCGCCCGGAGUGGCGAUUGGGACAUGGCUUUGAGCCUUUUGUGCGGGAUGCAGGGGGCAUGGUCCACCAUCAGCUUCAAUGCCUCGAUGAGCGCCUUGGGCACCACGGCUGCAUGGCUUUGGGCCGUGGCGGUCUUUGGUCGCAUGAAGAGGGUCCGAGUGGCUCCAGAUGGAGUGAGCCACAACGCUGGGAUCAGCGCCACAAUCAGCGCUUGGAGGGUGGCGUGGUCCUUUUUUGAUGCUUCGCCGAAGAACGACGCGGCGACCUGGCGGAGACGUGCCGUUUGGUGGUUGCACUCGUCGGGGGGUUUGACUCGUGCCAUCCGAGUCAUGACAGGUUCGUGUUUGUGCGAACCAUAAGGCCUUUUCAGGGCCAAUAUUCAAUAAUCGAUCAUGCUUGUUAAUGCUUGUUUAAGCCUACGACGCUAACCAGGGCCCCGCGCGAAAC